AGUAAACUUGGAAAGAAAAAAAAAUAGCAAUAAAAUCGUUUGACACGCUAUACAAAGGGAAGGCAGGAGGUGGUGUCUUAUAAAACACAGCUAAUUACACACAACAACCAAAGUAAACCAAACAAGAAUGGCAGAAUUAGCAGAGACUGCAGUGAUGCCUAAGGUCAUAACUUUCCUCUCUUCUCUUCUUCAAAGAGUAGCAGAAUCUAAUGAUAUUAGCCAUCAGUUAUACCCCCAGAAAGCCUCAAUCUUUCAUGGCCUAACCAGACCUACUAUAUCCAUUCAAAACUAUCUUGAGAGAAUCUUCAAGUAUUCAAAUUGUAGCCCCUCUUGUUUUGUUGUUGCUUAUGUGUAUCUUGAUCGGUUUUCUCAGAGACAAUCCUGUUUUCCUCUCAAUUCUUUCAAUGUGCAUAGAUUGCUCAUCACAAGUGUCUUGGUCUCUGUCAAGUUCAUGGAUGAUAUAUAUUACAACAAUGCAUUCUAUGCUAAAGUUGGAGGGAUCAGCACAAGAGAGAUGAAUCUUCUUGAAGUGGAUUUUUUAUUUGGUCUGGGCUUCCAGUUGAAUGUGACACCAGCCACAUUCCACCUCUAUUGCUCUUACCUUCAGAGAGACAUGUCGAUUCAGUCUCCUCUGCAAAUAGUAGACACUCCUCUAAAUAUCGCAAGACCACUGAAAAUCCAUUGCUGUUUCAAUGAAGAUGAAUCCACUCAUCAAAAACAGCUUGCUGUUUAGAUAAUAUUUAGGACGGUUAGGAAAGUUGGACCUAAAAAAAAAAAGAACUAGCAGGCUUUUAGUAGUGCUAGUCAUGUAGGGUCAUGCACAUGUGAGAGCUUGGAUAUUUUCCAUAAGCAUUCUGGUUUGAAAUGAUGGAGUCGAAACUCUCAUCUGGCUUCCUAUGAUUUGAGGCACUGCACACAUUUUCAAGCUCAGUUUUUUAUGCUCCUCGUCGUGUUUCUCCUUAGCUUUUUGGUUGGAAAUUUGCAAAUCAAUGCUAUGUACAGAUGAGCUUUUAUGCCCUGUUGCCCAAGUUCCUCAAUGGGACAAGUAAUCCAGGCUUCUAGAGACUGUGACCGACUGCUGACGGAAGCAGUAUCAGUAGAAAACGGAAUCUUGCUUAGCCUUCCAAAUGCAUGGAGAAAAAAAUAUUGCAAUUGAAGCUAGCACUGCGCAAUCAAUCUAUGCAUAUGUAGGAGACUAGCCAUAUAGAGUUGUGUUGUGAUUUCAAUUGUUAACAAUGGUUAAUGACUGUAAGGAAGGAAUUUAGCUGGUGAUUAAAGAUUAAAGAGAUAUGUUCAUUUUUUAA